AUGAAGAUCGAGUUCGCACCUCUCAAUAUCCCGCUGGAGAGGCGCCUGCAAACCGCUGCUGUGCUGCAGUGGGUCCUAUCCUUGCUCCUGUUGGAGUUCUUGAAAAUGGAAGCUGGGGUAGCACUUGCCCUCUCCUUGCACCUGUACAGCCAAUGUAGGAAGCUAAGAUUUCCUACAGCAGUGACUCUUCUACUUUCCAUAGCCAGUGGUUAUGAAAUACAGGGAGCAGAUGCCGAUGCACCAGCUCCACCCAGCUUCUCCUUCCUUGCAGGGGAGAUAGGCAUUGGGAUCCUAGUGAUGCUGAUAGUACACAAUUACUGGUUCAUUUACAUCCCAUAUCUGGCCUGGUUCUUCUAUGACUGGGAAACCCCAGAGCGAGGAGGCAGGAGAUCUGACUGGGUCCGAAGCUGGACUGUGUGGAAGUACUUUAAGGACUAUUUUCCAAUUCACCUCAUCAAAACCCAGGAUUUGGAUCCAAGUCACAAUUAUAUAUUUGGGUUUCACCCUCAUGGAACAUUCGCGACUGGAGCCUUUGGAAAUUUCUGUACAAAUUAUUCAGAUUUCAAGAAGCUAUUUCCUGGCUUUACAGUGUAUCUCCACAUGGUCACAAUCUUGUUACGGCUUCCAUUCUUCCGAGAAUACCUGAUGACUUCUGUUGGCCGCCCCAUCCCUGUUCAGCAGACUCUGCACCCGACCCCAGAGCAGAUUGAGGAGCUGCAUCGGACCUACUUGCAGGAGCUGAGGACACUAUUCGAAGAGCACAAGGGGAAGUACGGUAUUCCAGAGCACAAAACCCUGGUGUUUACAUGACUGCCUCCUCCAUGCACAAAGGAAGACAAGAAAGCAUUGUUGAGAAAAAUAAAUAGUUUAAAUAGU